CCAGGUGUUCACUUAGAUAUACAAAUUCCAGAAUAAUUUUUACAGGACAUGCAUUUUGUAUGUCUGAUAUUUAUUUCACACACACACACACACACACAGAGAGAGAGAGAGAGAGAGAGAGAUAUUGUUUAACACCAUUCUUACAGAUCCUUUACAUUCUUUUUAAAUGUAGUGGUCUAUUUUGGCACAAAACGUGUGAAAAUCUGUUGAACCCAACACCCUACCCUGUAAUCCCAACACACAAGUUAAUUAAGUUAAUGUUAAAAAAACACGAACGAAGCUUAACAUAUAAAAAGUUAAAGUGUGCCCUAUAAUCCACUUUGUUUUUAUAACAGCCUUUAUAGAAGGGUUGAUGAUCCAUAGAGUAGUUGCCAUUCCUUGCUUUUGCCGCUUACUGAAACACAAGCUGCACACUACAGCUUCCAACUCCAUUAAUGGCGGGACGUUUGGCUUUGUGUAGGACUGAGACAAAGGCUAUUCAUGUGUUCCUUCAUCCUAUAACAGCAAGUCUUGGCAUUCAGAGAAGUGCAGGAGGAAAUUCUACAGCCUCUGUCCCUUCAGGGAGCAUCAGGACUGAGGCUGACCUCCCUGAGGUCACUUUUCCCACAAUGCUGUACAGGCUGGUCAUUCAAGGGUACUACAAUCACAUGCAUGAGCUGCAGUUAUAUGAGAAGCAGCUUUAUGGCCCGAUGUAUAAAGUAAGAGGUGGCAACAAGCAUACAAUUGCACUGAAUAGUGUGGAGCUGCUGGAGGAGCUGAUGAGGAAAGAUGAUAAAUUCCCUAUGAGAGAAGACAUGGCACUCUGGACUGAAUACCGAGAUAUGCACGGUUUGGGUUAUGGUCCUCUCACUGAGAAAGGAGAGAAAUGGUACAAGCUCAGAUCUGUGCUGAAUAAGCGUAUGCUGCAUCCGAAGGACUCUAUGAAGUAUGAUAAUAUGGUUAAUGAGGUGGUCACAGAUUUUAUCAAACGGAUAUGCCAUGUACGCCAGAUGAGCUCCACUGGAGACCUGAUACCCAACAUGUCCAAAGAGCUGUAUCAUUUCAGUCUAGAAGGAAUUUCCCGCAUAUUGUUUGAGACUCGUAUUGGCUGUCUUGAAAAUAAGAUUCCAACAGAGACUCAAAACUUCAUCAACUCCAUUACCCAGAUGUUCAAUUAUACAAUGGCCGUGGCUUUGUUACCCAAGUGGACUCGUAAUUAUUUGCCAUUCUGGCGGCUUUUAACAAGCGGUUGGGACGGAAUCUUCAAAUUUGGCAGCAAGUUAAUUGACAGGAAGAUGGAGGACAUUCAGAAGCGCCUGGAUGCAGGUCAGGAAGUUGCAGGAGGGUAUCUCAGCUACUUGCUUUCCAAUACUAACAUGAGUGAAAAGGAUGUGUACGGCAGUGUUACUGAGCUGCUUCUGGCAGGAGUGGACACAACAUCCAACACUAUGAUGUGGGCCUUGCACCUGCUGUCACAAGAUCCAAAGGCACAGGACACACUGUACCAGGAAGUUAACAGUGUCAUCAAGGGGGACAAAAUUCCAACAGCUGAGGACAUUAACAGAAUGCCCUACCUCAAGGCUGUCAUCAAAGAGACUCUAAGAAUGUACCCAGUUCUUCCCGUGAACGCACGCCUUCUAUCAGAAAAAGACGUGAUUAUCGGAGGACACUUAUUCCCUAAGAAGACCACAUUUAUAAUGCAUCAUUAUGCAAUCGGUCGUGAUGAGAAGAUAUUUCCCGAACCAAGAGUCUUCAAGCCUGAGCGUUGGUUACGGGACAGGAUGGAGCGUCCCAGCCCAUUUGGAUCCAUUCCGUUUGGGUUUGGAGUGAGAGGGUGUCUUGGUAAACGUAUUGCUGAACUGGAGAUGCACUUGGCUCUGGCAAGGAUAAUAAAGCUGUUUGAAGUGAAGCUGGAUCCCAAUGUGGGAGAGGUCAAAGCUCUCAGUCGUAUUGUGCUUGUGGCAGACAAAACAGUCAAUUUUCAUUUUCUGGAGCGGAAACAAGUAACCACUGAAAGCUGCUCUGAGCUUUAAAAUCCACCAAACAUCUAUACACCCACUAUAAAAACACUUUUUAUGAAAACUCUUUCUCCAAAGAGAUGUCGUGGUGUCUCACUGUAGCACCAUGAUCCUGCCAUAUUGGUAAACUAGGCAGCACAGAGACUCUUCUGUCACCUGUAAGGAACCCAGUCUCCAUCAUUCUACCAGUCUUUCUAUAAACUCUGUCAUCUCACUGGUGUGUGUUUUUAUAUACUGAUGCAAAUGAAAAACACAUAGAGCAUGAAUUUUAGUCAUUUCUAUUUGCAUGUAAAGACAAUUUUAUUUAGUAAGUAUUCUUGAAGGAAAUGAAAUACAACAGCUUUUUCACAUUUUAAGUGUGAAUAUAAAAACAUUAGAUUAAAAAUGAAUAAAUAAAUUGAUGCUCAUUUAGAAAUAUUAUAUAAAAUAUUAUACGAUAUUGUAUUUGAUAUUGAUAUUCAGAACGAUGUAUUAUAAACAGAAUAAAUGGAAUAAAUAAGCUUUCAGGUAAUUCAAAGUUUAAAAAUCAUUAUUAAAAGGCAUAAGAUCACAGUAAACUAUAUAUAUAGUAAAAUAUAUCUUACGGUAAUUAUUUAGGAUUUUUUUGGAACCAAGUACAACAGCAUGACAAGUGGUCAUUAAGAAAAUACACAAAAUGGUAUGAAGUGAAGCUGUUUUCCUUUUAGUCUAGACUGUAGAUUCCUGCCACCUUUCAGUGGCUUUCUAGAUUUUUAUUUUAUUUAUUUAUUUUUAUUUAUUUUUCAGAUUGGGCUGAUAUUUCUCACCCCACAUUCAUUAAUGCAUCCCUAACAUGUUAUCAGCAGUGAUUGUGAAAGCAGACCUGACACACAAUUGUGUUUGUAAUGAACAUGAAUGAGAAAAUUAUUUACUCCAUCCUUGGAAUAGAACUAGUCUAUAUUCCAAGUAUUUUCUACUAAACUAUAAGUUCAAGCGUAUAUUUUCUAAUGAAAGUACAAAUUACAUGAAGGGAGAGAUUACGGAACUAAAGUAUACUCGAGCAAAAGGUUUGUAAUUUUUACCAUGUUUGCUAUUUAGAUAUGAAUCCAAUAUGUUAAUACAGACUAGCAAUUUCUAAAACUUAAAAAAUCAAAAAUAAAAAAGUAGAAAUU